AUGAGGAAGGCAGUCAAGAAGGAUGCCCCAAUUCAAGACUCUGAAUCUGAAGAAGUUGAUGAAGAGGAAGACAUAAUGUCAUUUGAGGAAGGGGGAUAUACCUAUCUGUCUAAGGAGUUGAGGACUCCUCCUUCAAGUGAUGAUGAUGACAAUGCUAGACCUGUUUUGCCUAAGUUUAAUGAACAAGCUUCUUUUGGGCAUGUAUAUUUAGAACUUGGUAUGGAGUUUAUGAAUCUGAACCAAUUUAAGUGUGCAGUAAAAGAUUAUAAUAUCAGUCUUGGGAGGAACUUCAUCUGGGUUAAGAAUGACAAGGUCAGAGUAAGGGUCAAAUGCAGUGUAAAAGACUGUGAAUGGAUGGUGUAUUGUGCCUGGAACACCAAGCAAAGCACAUUCCAAGUUAAAAAAUUUAACGACACUCAUACAUGCUGCAGAGUCUUCAAGAAUAAAAGGGCUACACGAGAUUGGGUAGCCAAGAAAUUGGAGAAGAGAAUACUAACACAGCCCAAGAUGACCAGGACAGAGGCAUUUGAGCACAUGAAGGAGGAAUACAAUGUUCAUUUGGAUAUGAAGAAAGUAAGCACGGCUUUGAAAAAAGCAAAGGGAACCAUUGAAGGUUGUGAGAAGGAACAAUAUGGAAGACUAAGAGAAUAUCUGGCUGAGCUGUUGAGGAGCAACCCUGGCUCCAGUUGCAAAUUGCAAGUCACCCCCCUACCUAUUCCACAAGCAUUGCCAAUAUUUGACCGAAUGUACAUCUGCCUUGAUGCUUGUAAGAAGGGCUUCAAAGCUGGAUGCAGGCCCUUAAUUGGGUUGGAUGGUUUCUUUUUGAAGGGCUAUUAUGGAGGUCAAUUAUUGAGUGUUGUGGGUGAAGAUGCAAACAAACAAUUUUAUGUGAUUGCCUAUGCCGUGGUUGAUAGUGAGACAAAGGAUAAUUGGAAGUGGUUUUUGACCUUAUUACAGGAAGAUUUAGGGGAUCAUGGAGUAUUUGGUUGGAACUUCAUAUCAGAUCAACAAAAGAACUUCAUCAAGCAAUGGAAGGAUAAAGAGACAAGAGGCAUUGUGUGGGAAUGUGCUAGAUGCACCACUGUUCCCCAAUUUGAGAAGGUCAUGCUAAAGCUGAAGACUCUAAACGAACCAGCUUGGAAGUAUCUUGACAAUAUACACCUUUCAUGUUGGGUUAAGGCCUACUACAGUCACUGGCCUAAAUGUGACAAUAUAACGAAUAAUAUGGCUGAGGUGUGGAAUGCAAAGAUUGUAAAUUAUAGGUCCAAACCUAUAAUGACAUUAUGUGAGGAAUUGAGGUGCUACAUAAUGCGAAGGAUGACAGCACACAAGAGGAUUCUACAAACCUUUAGGGGUAAGAUUGCACCUGCACAACAGAAGAGGCUGGACCAGUUGAAGGUUGCAAACAAUUCUUGGACACCAACAUGGACUGGAAACUUGGUCCAAGAACUGUAUGAAGUAUCUGGAAAGGGUCAACGUGUUGGGGUGAAUUUAACUCAACAAUCUUGUAGCUGUAAUGUUUGGCAGUUGACUGGAUUGCCUUGUGAACAUGCCAUUGUUGCCAUUGCACACAAGAAUGAACCUGUGGAAAAUCAUGUUCACCAAUGGCUGACAGUGGAUGCUUUGCAUGCCACUUAUGAACACACACUUAACCCAGUCAAUUCCCAACAAUAUUGGCCAGCUUGUGAUGCCCCAAAACCACUUCCUCCACGCUUGAAAAGGCCUAUUGGACGUCCAAAAAAGCAUCGCAAGAAGGAUCCCACUGAAGAGCUUAUGAAGACCAACAACAAGCUUUGA